AUGGCAAACAAAUCUGAUGAAGUUGUUGGAGACCCACAACACUAUGAUGAAGAACAGAGUAAAUCCAUCAUGGACUCAGCGUCAGCCCAAGUUGCUCUUGGGGAUCUCAUGGCACUCGAUGGAGUUGACCAAGCCCUGAAUGCAAAGAUGAAUCUUGUAAAUGAUGCAAUCGAUACAAUUGGUUUCACUGCAUAUCACACCAAACUGUUCUUCCUCAAUGGAUUCGGCUACGGCGUUGACUCCUUACUACUAUUCCUCAUGAGCAUAUCCGCCGACCAAGUAGUAGCACAAUACCCGCCGAGCUUCACAAGGGGAGCACAACUAGGCUUCUAUCUGGCCUUACUAGCAGGAGCUCUAUUCUGGGGAAGCACAGCAGAUAUCAUCGGUCGAAAAUGGGCUUUCAACUUCUCUCUGCUCAUCAGUGCUAUCUUUGCUAUCAGUGCCGGUGCUGCUCCGAACUACCCGGCAUGGGCAAUCAUGGUCGCGUUAUCGGCCUUCGGCUCAGGUGGAAACUUAGUACUCGACACAACUGUCUUUUUGGAAUACCUCCCAUCGAACAAGCAAUGGCUUCUUACCCUGCUGGCUGGUUGGUGGGGAGUGGGACAAACGGUGGCUGGUCUGGUUGCCUGGGGCUGUCCCACAGAUGGAUCGGUUCCAUGCACGAACGUAAACAACAUGGGCUGGAGAUACCUUUUCUACACAUGCGGAGCACUCGUUUUCAUCUUAAGCAUAGCCCGAGUCCUCGUCAUCCGUUUCAACGAGACACCCAAGUUCCUCCUAUGUCAAGGUCGAGACGAAGAUGUCGUGAAAACCCUCCAGGAUCUCGCUCACAAACAUAAUCGAGUUUGCCACCUUACAUUAGAUCAGCUUCAAGCACAUGGCUCAAUCCACAGCUCGCACGCCCAAAAUAAGGCUUCGCUUUCUGAGUUGGUCGUUCAUGUGCGUGGUCUUUUUGUUACAAAGACUUUGGCCCUUUCGACUUGUUUGGUGUGGCUUUCCUGGGCUCUGAUUGGAUUGGGCUAUGCUUUGUACUAUGUCUACCUACCGGAAUAUCUCGCUUCUCGGGGUGCAUCUACAGGAGCAAAUUCGACUUACCUUACGUGGCGGAACUAUGCCAUUACAAACCUUUGCGCGAUACCGGGCCCUAUUAUUGCGGGGUUUAUGUGUGAGAUGCCCAUUUUUGGGCGGAAGAGGACUAUGGCUAUUGGUGCUUUUCUUACUAUGAUAUUUUUCUUCGGAUAUACUGCGGUGAAAACAGAAGCUCAGAACUUGGGAUUUUCCUGUGCUAUUUCUGUCUCCAUUAAUAUCUAUUACGCGACUCUGUAUGCCUAUACUGUGGAGGUCUUGCCGUCCGCACACCGUGGCACUGGGAAUGGAAUCGCAGUUUCUAUGAAUCGGUUGAUGGGUACGGUCUCUGCAUUGAUUGGUGCUUUUACUUCAACAGCCUCCUCUAUCCCGAUCUACGUUUGUGCUGCCAUGUUGGGAAUGGGUGGUAUUCUUGCCAUUCUGUUUCCCUUUGAAACACGUGGAAAGAAGAGUAUUUAA